AAAACGUCACAUUUUAAAAGAACCCACUCAAAUAGAAUAGAAUGUAGAAUUCAUGAAAAAGAAGAAAGAAAAAGAUAGAACAAACAAACUGUAGAACAAGAGAGAGAAACUUCACACAUCUUAACCAUGUCAACCACAAUCAAUGCUUCAACUCCUGCUCCACCAGCACAAAGGUUAUUAGGCAAAGUGGCAGUGGUAACUGGUGGUGCCUCCGGGAUCGGAGAAAGCAUUGUCCGCCUGUUCCAUUCCCACGGUGCUAAAGUCUGUAUAGCCGAUGUCCAAGACGAUCUUGGACAGAAGCUCUGUGAUUCUUUCCAUGAUCCGGAAAAUGUUUAUUUCGUUCAUUGUGAUGUUGCGGUAGAGACUGAUGUUUCGGAUGCAGUACACAAUACUGUUGGUAAAUUCGGCACUCUAGACAUCAUGGUUAACAAUGCUGGAAUUUCCGGAGCACCUUGUCCUGAUAUCCGCAACGUGGACAUGUCCGAAUUCGACAAAGUAUUUGACAUAAAUGUGAAAGGUGUUUUCCAUGGAAUGAAACAUGCUGCUCAUUUUCUGAUCCCAAAGAAAAGUGGCUCAAUAAUUUCUAUCUCAAGUGUUGCAAGUUCCUUAGGAGGAGUAGGGCCUCAUGCAUAUACAGGCUCAAAGCAUGCUGUGUGGGGGAUAACAAAGAAUGUAGCAGCUGAAUUGGGGAACCACGGAAUACGAGUGAACUGCGUGUCGCCUUAUUGUGUUGCAACAGGUUUGGCUUUGGCUCAUUUGCCCGAGGAGGAAAGAACCGAGGAUGCGAUGGAGGGUUUUCGUUCUUUCGUCGGGAAAAACGCGAACUUGCAGGGUGUAGAGUUAACUGCUGAUGACGUGGCUAAUGCUGUUCUUUUUCUUGCGAGUGAUGAUGCAAAGUAUAUAAGUGGAGAGAAUCUUAUGGUUGAUGGAGGAUUCACCCGAACAAAUCACUCGCUCAGAGUUUUUCGAUGAUGAUUAGUAGUUUUCGAUGCUUGUUAAUAAACAAAUUCGCUAUAAUUUUUCCAUGAAGUGAAUGAAUAAGAAUGCGAGUUUGUCUCUGAA